GAGAAGAAGAAAGAAAGGCACAGAACAAAGUCACACACUUUUAGAGUCUUUCAGCAAAAACCCAACCUGAGAUUUUUUUUUUGCUCUGCGGCUCAAACAAUAUUUGAGCGAUUAAUUGAGCUAAAUGGGUUUCAGACCGGUUUAUCAAUCCCUCACGGAACUAUUCCCACAGAUUGAUCCAAAGAUUUUAAGAGUUGUUGCAAUUGAGCACCAACAUGAUGUUGAUGAAGCUGCCUCUCUUGUUAUUUCUGAUAUGUGUUCUUUCUCUUCCCCUAAUUCCACUCAACCCCUCAACAAGAACAAGUCCAAGGUUUCCGAUGACCUUCCUUACUUGAAAGCUGAACCUGAUAUGCAAACUGACGAUGGGUGUUUGUCUCUGUCUCAAUGGCUUCAACCAUCUAAGCUUCCACAUAGUUACCUUGCACUGCUCAACGAGGAAUCAACACCUGAUGUAAAACCUCCUCCGGAUUUCCUCGUGGAGAAAGUGGUUCUGCCAGAUCGUGGCGAAGCAACUGGCGUAGGAGGAGGGAUCCGAAACAUGUAUUCUUUUGACAACGUUGGUAGUUCUUCUUUGGUGAAACCUUCUAUUCGUGUACAAAGCCGCACCAACAAUGAACUCUCUGGAAGUAGCAGUAAGGUUCCUGUGGUUAGACGUUCCUCUCGAAAGUCCGUGCAGCCAUGGUCCCCAGACUACUCUGAGAAGCUGAGAAGUUGGAAAAAACGGAACAACAACAACCGUGACUUCCCACACUUCUUUAGCAAAGACAGAGCUGUACCCUCCAAGCAAUCCAAAAGAAACAAUUCCCAAUGUUAUGCCAGUGAGCGUGAUCGCAAGCAGCGAAUUAACGAUAACAUCAAGAAAUUAGGGGAAUUGCUCCCACAGAAAGUUGAGGAUGAUCACCCUGAAUUGACACUGAAUGCCAUUAUUGAUCAUGUUAAGCUUCUGCAGCUACAGAUGAAGGAGUUAAGUCGGAGCAGGCUGGGAGGAGAACCAGUAUCUCGACCUAUGACAUUCAUUGAGGGAUACGGUCACUACAUUCAUCACGAGCAGACGAUGACAAAGUCUCUAGAGGAAGUAAUGGAAGAUCUGCUAACAAAUGACUUCGAUGCUGCGGCAAACUUGUUGGAGAGCAAAGGCCUUUACUUAAUGCCUUUGUCCACUGCCCAAGGCUCCUGCUGACUCCUCACACAAAUGCCUCUUCUCCAUCUGCAAAUCCCAAACACAUGGAAUCAAAAACAAAGUAAAAAAAAAAAACCUUUAAUUAAGACCACUCUUCUGUUUAGUAUAAACAACUAGGCCAUCAAAUCUUUUUUUGUCUAAUGACAGAGAGAUCAGAAAACUUCCUCAAUCUCUUGUUUAUGAGAUAUUCCAAACCAAUGUAACCAAAAUUUCAGUGGAUCUAAAAGUCUUGACAUUCUAA